GGAACAACCACCACAUGCUCUACCCAACCAGCACAACAACCAGCUCCUUUUAAAUGUUUUUGAGUCUAAUAAAAUGCCAACACAUCUACUACUCUCACUUCUUCACAUUUAUAAAUAAGAUCCAGAGAAGCAAUUUUAAAAUAACACAUUGAAAUUGUUUCAAAGCUUAUUUUUUUUUAAAUUUAUAUCAAUAAAAAUUUGGUUGCAAAGUUAUUGUAACGCUUAUAGAAUGGUUGUGAAGCUAUACGGGCAGGUAACGGCAGCUUGUCCACAGAGGGUCUUGCUUUGUUUUCUGGAGAAAGAAAUUGAAUUUGAGAUUGUUCAUAUCGAUCUUGAUACAUUUGAGCAGAAAAAACCAGAACAUCUUCUUCGUCAGCCAUUUGGUCAAGUUCCAGCCAUAGAAGAUGGAGAUUUCAAGCUUUUUGAAUCAAGAGCCAUUGCGAGAUACUACGCGACCAAGUACUCGGACCAAGGCACGAACCUUUUGGGCAAGUCUCUAGAGCACCGAGCCAUCGUGGAUCAGUGGGCCGAUGUUGAGACCCAUUACUUCAACGUUCUGGCCCACCCCAUUGUGAUUAACCUAGUCAUCAAGCCUAGGUUAGGCGAAGAAUGUGACGUCGUUUUGGUCAAGGACCUCAAGGUGAAGCUUGAGGAAGUUUUGGACAUAUACGAGAACCGGCUUGCUUCGAACCGGUUUUUGGCUGGUGAUGAAUUCACCAUGGCUGAUUUGACGCACAUGCCAGCUAUGCGGUAUUUGAUGGGUAUAAUCGAUAUAAACCGGAUGGUCAAGGCUCGGGUGAAUAUGAACCGGUGGUGGGAAGAGAUUACGGCUAGACCGGCUUGGAAGAAGCUUAUGGUGAUGGCUGGUUCUUGAAUUAUUUCGAAUUUAUGGUGAUCUGAACCAAAUAAGCUUCAUAUUUUCUGUACUAUUUUCUUUAUCUAUGUUUUGUAAGUUUCAAUUGAUAAAAUAAAUUUACUUUUAAAGAUUUAAAUUCGUUAAUAUUUUCUUUAUCUAUGUUUUGUAAGUUUCAAUUGAUAAAAUAAAUUUACUUUUAAAGAUUUAAAUUCGUUAAUUCUCAA